AUCGCGUGUUGCCAGCCUCCAACUUUUGUAGUCCGAUGGAUCCGUAUCAACUUGGACACAACUGACGUCCUGCGCAUUUCCAAGCUACUUUCAGGGGUCUCCCUACCAAUCGCUAAUUCCUUCAACAAUCCACCACAGCAAUGGCAUCUCGCGAUUAUUGACCUGAGGGCUUGCGCCAUCGAACAAUGCUUACCACAACUUCAACAUGGCUUCUGGCUCUGACUCCGAGCCAUCAAGUCCCCUCUCCAGCAUUGCCACCAGCGUGUUAACCGAUGAUCAUUCCCCCCCGGAAUUACCUCCGCCUCGUCAUGUCGCCAAUUCUUCGUCCCACGCAGGAGGUGAUGGCAACGACGAGUAUGACAGUUUCGACCUUCAAAUUCUGUUCGACAUCGUUACACAGGCGGAUAUCAUUCUCCCAAAUCUUCCAGCCAACUCGAGGUUGCCGACCAAUGCGCUCUUCCAGGCAUACAAUGAGGUCCUCCCGGAUAGGGGCAUCGACCCCGAACACGACCAGCACCUCUCCAAGCUCGUCUUCAAGAUUGGGGGCAUGCGUACUGGAAUUACUCUGAAAGACAAAUUCGAUGCUCUCCUGGCCAAGAUGAACAUUACAGUUGAGUAUGACAAGGCCCAUAACUCUUCGGAUCCGUCUACCAACUACUCCGACGACUAUACGGAUUAUGAGGACGAUGAUCAGUCUACUGGCACUGUUGGUCUUCCCCCUCUUGAACAAAUUACCCGCAGUGGUGAUGACAAGCUACCCAACGGAUAUGGUAGUCCACCGCUUCGCCGCAGCGUCACUUUCAACGACGAGCCUCAAUACGAGCCUGGUCCUGAGCAAGAUUCCGAGCCCAAUGUCGAUCGUCUCGAGAACAGCGUAAUUGCGUUCGAAAGACAUCGCAGCAGGUUUUCAACCCUGGAGUGUUUCCGCCGAUGGCAAACAAGAUCAGCGGGCAUCCGCGACAUUUCGGAGCAAAUUGCCGCAGCCUGGGACGCCGAGGUCGACGCAUUGGUGUGGCCAGCAUUGCAAAACUGGUGGGAUUCAGCGAAUGUCGAUCUGAAGAACAUGGAUGAAACAUCACACCGCGCUCAUGACAUUUUGAGCGCCGACAGGAUCAGGGCUAAGGUCGGUGACUGGUGGUUUGCUGCAAAUUUUGACUCGAAGCGGAUGAAUAGGAUAGCAUGUCGCACGUACGAGAUCAAGAUAACCAAAAACGCUUUGGUGCGUUGGCGGAAGGCCGCGAGAGCACUGCCCAAAAGACCGCGAACACCUCCGAAACCGCCAGUACAGCCGGAUUCGCCGGUGAGGGGAUUUGACGAGAGUGACCACGACCCUAGAUUGGCACGGCUUGCAGCCCGGGCGCAUCAUAAUCUGAUGAAGUCGCGCCUCUUUGCACAGUGGUCUAACCGAGCCGCAGAGGAAGCAAGCAAGGCUGAUCUUGCGGUGAAAGCUCACGAGAUGGGUCUGAAAUCCCGUGCGUUUGGUGUUCGUCCCAAGCUGGAAGUUUUGGUCGAGGCUCUGAGGCAACGGCGUUAUGAGCAGGCGCCGGGGUCACCGAGCUCCCCUGAAUUACUUAAGGAGUCAUUUGAGAUGGUGGAUGAGCUGGAAGCGGAUGAACCACCUCCAGAAACAUCCACUGCUCCACCAGCGGAAAGAGAAGAACUUCCUUCACGAGCACCAGCGCCGAAUCCGCCACCAGUGGAAGCAAAAGAACUUCGUUCGCGACCAACAAUGCCAAGUUUUCCGCCCAAGCAGCUUGCCCUGGCAUCGACAGCAUCCAUACCGGACUCGCCCUAUGACGAGCGUACGAUGCUUGCGAGGCGCCACAUAGUGCGACUGCGGUUCUUUACGGCUUGGCUAGACUACACAGCGGCCUAUUCGACGAGUGUCAAGGCUUUCGCAAUGGAGAAGGUCAUUGAUACGUGGCGUGGACGUUUAACCCACCUGGGCGACCUAUCGGUGGACUUCUUCGCUCAAAAUUACAAUCGACAUCUUGCCAGGACCUUCCACAUGUGGUUGGGGAGACUUGCUCAGUCUCAAGAACUGCAGACAAAGGCCGAACAAGAAGAGUUCCGUGUUCGCGUAAUCGGUGCCCUCAAACCUUGGCUAGCCGCUGCCCGUAAUAAGCGCAGACUGCGACAAAGGAAAGGAUUGGCGUUCGAGCACUGGUUCAACCAAGCCGAUCGCGAUGUGAUACUUGAAGAGCAAGCUGAGGGAUUUUACGUGGAAACCCGGCUGUCCACAAAGUUCUUCCAAUGGAGAACAGCUGCUGAAGAUGCCCGGCUUAAGCAGCAAGAGCUUCAAAGGUUUAGCCACGCAGGUAACUAUUACCGCAGCACUUUCAAUCCUUUUCGGGCGUGGCUAGCAAAGGCCCGAGAAGCCUCAGGAAAUAACGCAGCGCAAGUAGAAGCCUUUGAGCUUUGGCAGGAACGAUACCACGAUCAGCUUCCUCUCCAACAGUUGAUGGAAAGCUACGCUGUUCGUUGCUUUUUCUACAACUCUGUCACGAAGGUGUUACCCAUGUGGCGCGAAGCAGCAAGAGAAGCCGCUGGAAGACAGCAGCAACUCGAAGAAUAUGGGGCACGUGCCGAUUACUACUACAAAACGCGAGAUCUAGUCCUCGCCUGGAGAACACAGGCGAAGAAGAAACGCAAGAAGAAACUGAACGAGACCUACAGAGAAGUGCGCCAACGAGUGAGAAAGGAGCUAGGCGCCCGCUACCUCGUAAAAUGGCGUAAGAAGCUACAGUUAAGCCUCGAUCGCUACGAGAUGAUGAACGCCAAACUCGAAGAAAUCACCGCUGAGCGGGAGUGGGAGUUCACCGCCCAGGCCUUUGAUGCCUGGCGCGAACGAGCACAGAAGAAGAGCCAGUUUAACAAGAGGAAUAACACCAUGCGCAAGCAGAGGGCCCUGGAUGGAUGGAGAGAAUAUCACGCCGAGCAUCUGGAACUGCAAACUGAAGCAAGAGACCGUUGGCAAGACGGGGCCGCGUCAAAGGCUCUCAAGGGGUGGAACCUUAGCUCGCUGCAGAGAGAGAGCCGCCGGCACACCGUGGCUAAUGUCCUCGAGAAGAAGGAUCGAAAGGCGCUGAGACAGGGCUUCGAGGGGUGGUAUGGACAUACGGCCGAUAAGCUGGUACCUACUCAAUUACCUGACGGGAGUUACCAGAGCGUGGAUAGCAUGAUACAGGAUGCGAAGCAGCGUGGUGCCGAGACGCGGGCCACCGGGGUGUUAAUAAGGUGGAGGUCAGCCGUCAAUGGAGGUCCGAGUCGGAGUCAGAGUCGGCGGCGAGAGCAGGAGGAGGAGCGGGACAAACUGCCCUACGCACCCACGCCCGGUGCCAGGCCACAGCUUCUACUCGGUUCUCUGGGGAGAAGACAGACGACGACACCGUUGGCUCCCAUUCCGAAUAGGCAGCAGCCGUGGCAAAGAGAUUCGGUGCUAGGAGGUUCUACGAUUUCGGCGAGGGGUAACCGUUCUGGGAGGCCCAGGCGGAAUCUGAGGGUGUCUUGGGCGCAGUGAGGAGAGAGUUACUCGAAACUUCGGAAGGGUGUGGCUUGAAAGGCCGGCGUGCCGAUUGUUCCAUUCCAUGCGUUUACUUGCAUACCGGCAUUGCAUUGCGUUAUGGAAUCAACUCGUUUGGUUGUUGCAUGGUUAUGGCGCAGCAGAAAUUCAGUAAUGAUACCCUUGGGAUAUGGCUUUUAUGAUGUUGGCAAAGAUACCCGACAAGGCUUGAUUAUAUAGUGCUUGAAGAGCAAUAAAACUGAUUUGACUGGGAAGAAGCAUGGAUUACUCGAAGUGCGUGGCUGUGUGAAUGGAUUCUGGUAUUGGUUUAUAUUAAAUGUGCCGAGGGCGAAGCUGG